CUGCGCAUGCGCACUGGAGUCCGCCUGGCCAAUUUCUCAGUACUCGUGGGAGAAUUUGGAUUAGCUGUGUGCGGGUGUGAUGGAGUCGUCAGGCCCGAGCACAGCCGCUCCAGAAUUUGACGUGUACGGGGCGAUGGACUGGAAGGACGGAGUAGGAACACUGCCUGGCAGCGAGCUCAAGUUCCGGGUGAAUGAGUUUGGGGUUCUGGAGGUCAUAACGGACGAGAUGGAGGAGGAGAGGGGCAAGAAAGCUCACGCCACCACCACAUGGAGCGUCCCCACUGCACAAGAGGCUCUCUCUGAGGGGCCGGUCUCAAAGGAGGAGACGGCAUGGGCUCAGCGAGGCCUGGUGUGUGUCCGCUGUAACAGGAAGGGCUCCGUGGUGGACUUCCUGUCUGACGGGCUUCACUGCAGCGAGCGCUGUCUGCAGCAGGAGCAGCAAGAAGAGCUGAAGAUAGAAGGCUCCAGAACAAACGGAGAGGCGCUCGGGAAGAAGAGACUCACUGAAGACAUGGACAGCUCGAUGGAGAUCGCCGAGGAGGACGAUGAAGACUACUUUUAUAUGGACUGCUCGAUGGAGAUCGCCGAGGAGGACGAUGAAGACUACAAAAUAUCAUUUGGUCCACAGUGUAAGAAUGGCUUUAGGGUUGGCAUGAGACUGGAGGGUAUCGACUCUGAACACCCUUCCAUGUACUGCGUCCUUACCAUCGCUGAGGUGUUAGGACAUCGAAUCAGACUGCAUUUUGAUAAGUAUUCAGACUGCUAUGACUUCUGGGUAAAUUCCAGCUCUCCUGACAUUCACCCAGUGGGAUGGUGCGAGAAAACCGGACACAAAUUGCAUCCACCGAAAGGGAUGAAGGAUGAAGAGUUCAGCUGGUCCUCCUACUUCAAACUAAAUAAAAUACAGACCGCACCCAAAGCCCUGUUUCAGAACCAGAACAUGACCGUGACGCCGUCAGGGUUUAGGGUCGGUAUGAAGCUGGAGGCCAUCGAUAAGAAGAAUCCCUCGUUCAUCUGUGUCGCCACGAUUACAGACAUGGUGGAGAGUCGAUUCCUGGUGCACUUUGACAACUGGGAUGAAAGUUAUGACUACUGGUGUGAUGCAACAAGUCUUUAUAUCCAUCCGGUUGGCUGGUGUCAAGAGAACGGCAGGACCCUCACCACCCCUCCAGGAUACCCUGAUGUGAAGAACUUCUCCUGGGAGAAAUACUUGGCAGAGACCAACUCAUUACCAGCUCCUGCUCGAGCCUUCAAAGUGAAACCUCCUCACGGUUUCCAGCUCAAUAUGAAGUUGGAGGUGGUCGACAAGAGGAAUCCUGCUCUGAUCCGAGUGGCCACAGUGGUUCAUACGGAUGACCAUCGACUGCGGGUCAAUUUUGAUGGCUGGACAGAAGAAUAUGAUUACUGGAUCGAUGCAGACAGCCCAGAUAUUCAUCCUGCCGGGUGGUGCGCCAAAACCGGACAUCCACUGCAGCCGCCCAUCACUCCUCAGGACAUGUUUGAGACGUCUGAGCAGGGCGGCUGUCCCACGCCAGGCUGUAAGGGAGUGGGUCACAUCAAAGGAGCCCGCUACUCUGGACACCACAGUGCCGUGGGUUGCCCGUAUUCUGACAUCAACCUGAAUAAGGACUCGGUUCUGCCGGAUCGUUUGAGCGGAGAGAUGCCGGGAAGCGGAGUGGGUCGGCCGCGCAGAGCAGAACCAAGCGCAGAGAUUUCAGCUGACGCUAAUGAUUGGAUGUACAGUACUGGGUGUCACGCUACUCCCGCUCCAGCAAACCCAAACUGCAGAACUGACUGGGAAAGAUUAAUGAUUAUCACACCACAACCAUGACUGUGAUGCUGAGAGCCAUCUUUUCACACUGAGGGACUCGUAUGCAAUUAUUACA